AUGUUAGUGGUUGUUCUGCGAGUGAAGCAAAAGCAUCGCGUUGACCCAGCAGAAGCUCUAUUGCUUUCUUGCAGGCAAUGGCAUGGUAAUACUGGAUCUGGAUAUAACGAAGAUGUGGUUAUCCAUGACACUGGCUCUGAGCCUGUGGAGAUUCAUAAUUAUUUCAAACUCGCUGCCACUGUGAAGUCGCAGGAUGAUCCGCUCCAGUCACAUGUUCAAGAAGGCAUCUCAAGGGAGAAAGCCACAGAAGCUUUGAGACCAUCUGUGGGGAGUGCCCAAUGGAUUUUGAAGGACCUCCAUCUUGCCAAGCAAACAAGCCAACAAGAGAGUCACUACCGGGUUGUAUCUAGACACAGGGACAAAACUGAUGGCUUAGAAUGCGUGUCAGGAAGCAGUGAGGAAGCAGACCAGGUUGAUGGGCAGUUAUCAAGCAAAACCAGUGAUGGCCUCCAGAAUAAUGAAUUCCAGAUUUUUGAUCUUGUGCAGGAAGAUGAGGAUGAUUCAGCUUGCACAGUACCCUGCUCUAGUAAGACUCUGUCUGUCGAUCCAGAUGAAAUAUUGUGCAACUCUGUGAAGAUGAUCAGGGAAAAGCUGGUUUUGAGUAAAUCGGGUCGAGGGUCUGAACACAGAGAGCAAGAUGAUGAGUACAUGUAUGAUAUUUAUUACAUGGAAUCCUCUACUCCAGGCUGGAUCCAGGAUAUUCUCACUAUUCAGCACUAUAGUGGAGAGUGUGAACUGGUGGAUGAGGAAGAUAAUGGACUCCAGGAAAUGUUUGAAGAUGAAGAUGAUGAGAAUGAAGGAAACAAUUGGCGGAAUGACUACGCUGAUUAA